AUGAGCGUAAACAAUGAGGCCUCGCUGCUCCAUCGAGGUGUGCAGUAUCUUGAAGAAAAUAAAGAGACGAGGACUGGAUCAUGGCUUGUGUGGACAUUCCUAAUGCUCGUGCGAUGGUUGGUGGGGCUCCACUCGUACUCGGGCGAGCACGUGCCGCCCAUGUUUGGCGACUACGAGGCCCAGCGGCACUGGAUGGAAAUCACGUUUAAUGUGCCAAUUUCCCAAUGGUAUUUUAACACCACAUCCAAUGAUCUACUGUACUGGGGACUGGACUAUCCUCCUUUAACUGCCUACGUCUCGUAUCUCUUUGGGUAUGUGGCCAACAUCGUUGAGCCGUCCAUGGUGGAGCUAACGAGCUCGAGAGGAUACGAGUCAGCAACCAGUAGAGUCUUCAUGCGCACAUCUGUGCUGUUGUGUGACGUUGUGCUCUUGAUGCCAGCCAUCUACUGUAUGGCAAGGGUGAGCUAUGGCAGUGCCAACUGGACACGACGGACGACGUUUUGUCUGUUGGUUUUGCUGCAGCCGGCGGUGUUGCUCAUUGAUCACGGUCAUUUUCAGUAUAACAAUGUGUGCUUGGGGUAUACGGCAUUGGGCGUUGCGUUCAUUCUGCAAGGACAUGAAGUUUUUGGUAGCAUUUGCUACUGCCUGGCGCUCAACUUUAAGCAAAUGGCACUUUACUAUGCUCCUGCUUUUGGAGUAUUCUUACUGUCUCGCUGUCUUUAUCGGAAGAGGUGCAUUCUCCAUCUCGGCAAGCUCGCGCUUGCAGUCAUUGCAACGUUUGCGCUAGUGUGGUUUCCGAUUUGCGCAUAUCCAUCGGCAAAGGAGACAUGCUUAUCUUCGAUGGCACAAGUCGUUCAUCGGAUAUUUCCGUUCGGGCGAGGCCUUUUCGAAGACAAAGUCGCCAAUUUUUGGUGCAUUGCCGACUUCAUCUUUAAGAUCCGACGACGAUUGACCCCUCUACUUCAGAUGCGAUUAUGCACGAUCAUGACGAUAAUCGGAUUUCUGCCGUCAGUUAUAGACCUGCUUCGACGAAAGCCCACGAAUCUGCGGUUCGUUCUGUCGCUUGCAGUCUGCUCGCUCUCAUUCUUCUUGUUCUCGUUCCAAGUCCACGAGAAGUCAAUUUUGCUGCCAUUGCUGCCAAUUUCAUUCCUCUUUGCUAACAACGCACUACUCUCGGGGUGGUUUAGCGUGUUGUCAACUUUCAGCAUGUAUUUCCUUCUUGAGAAAGAUGGCUUAGUCCUUCCAUACGUUGUGCUACUACCAGCUUACGCGGGUAUGGCGGUGGUGCCAUUCUUAAAAACAGGUGCCGUCCAGAGCCAAAGCGUGCACCAAACCGAGUUUCCACCAGGCUAUCGCCCGGAUGGCAAGGCUCACCCGUUUUUUCGGGCGUUUAUCACGGUCUCACUGCUUGGAAUCGUAGCCGUCCAUGUUGCGCACCUGUGCAUCAACCCACCUGCUAGAUACCCGCACAUCCACGACUACGUCUUCGCUGCGUAUUCCUGUGGCCAUUUCCUGCUGGUGCUUGCGUAUUUGACGUACUGGCAAUGGACUGCAGAAUCUCCAGUAGCACAGAGCAGUAAAGCUAAGGAAGAGUAG